GGCCCCGGACUCCCGCAAGAGGCCCCUCGAGACGCCCCCCGAGGUGGUCUGCACCAAGCGCAGCAACACGGGAGAGGAAGGCGAAUACUUCCUGAAGGUGCUCAUCCCCAGCUACGCCGCAGGCUCCAUCAUCGGCAAAGGAGGCCAGACCAUCGUGCAGCUGCAGAAGGAGACGGGAGCUACCAUCAAGCUGUCCAAGUCCAAAGACUUCUACCCUGGAACCACAGAGCGGGUAUGCCUAGUACAGGGCACAGCAGAGGCCUUGAAUGCUGUGCACAGCUUUAUUGCCGAGAAGGUCCGAGAAAUCCCUCAAGCGAUGACCAAGCCUGAGGUGGUCAACAUCCUUCAACCCCAAACCACGAUGAACCCCGACAGAGCCAAGCAGGCCAAGCUGAUCGUCCCCAACAGCACGGCGGGCCUGAUCAUCGGCAAAGGCGGAGCCACGGUGAAAGCCGUGAUGGAACAAUCGGGUGCCUGGGUGCAGCUGUCGCAGAAGCCCGAGGGCAUCAACCUACAGGAGCGCGUGGUGACGGUCAGCGGCGAGCCCGAGCAGGUGCACAAGGCCGUGAGCGCCAUCGUGCAGAAGGUACAGGAAGACCCCCAGAGCAGCAGCUGCCUCAACAUCAGCUACGCCAACGUGGCCGGGCCCGUGGCCAACUCUAACCCCACCGGCUCGCCCUACGCCAGCCCCGCGGA